AUGGCCGAACCCGUUAAAGUCAAGGAAGAGCAGAAGAACGCUACCCUCCUCCCCAAGGAAGAUGCUCCAGGUCCUCCGCCCAACCUCCCCAAGCUGUUGGACAUGACUAUGGAAAACAUCACCGGAAACACCAAAUUGAUCAACUCCCUUAACCCUAACCCCCGCCUCAAGUUCCUCCUCGAAAGCCUCGUCCAGCACCUCCACGACUUCGCGCGCGAAACAGCCCUCACAACCGAGGAAUGGAUGACAGCAAUCCAAUUCCUCACAGAAGUCGGCCAAAUCUGUUCCCCUACCCGUCAAGAGUUCAUUCUUCUCUCCGACACCCUGGGUCUCUCAACUCUCGUCGACGCAAUCAACCACCCGAAGCCUCCAGGCGCAACCGAGAAUACUGUAUUGGGUCCCUUCUUCACCGAAGACGCCCACCACUUCUCCCACGGAGAAUCCAUCGCUUCCCCCGGAAAGGGCGAAAUGACCCUCGUAACCGGCCGCCUAACCUCCCUCGACGGCACCCCAAUCGCAGACGCAACCGUCGACGUCUGGGAAACCGAUGAAUCAGGACACUACGAUACCCAAUACCCUGGUCGCGACCACCCCGAUUGUCGUGGUAUCAUCCACACUGACACCGAUGGGAUUUUCCACUUCAAAUGUGUCAAACCUGUGUCGUAUCCAAUCCCCCACGAUGGGCCCGUCGGAAAGAUGCUCAAGGUCCUUCAAAGACACCCAUACCGCCCCGCCCACCUCCACUACAAAAUCCAAAAAGACGGGUUCGACACACUCGUUACAGCACUCUACAUGCGCGGCGACCCCUACGAGGAAUCCGAUGCAGUCUUCGGCGUGAAAUCGAGUUUGAUCGUCGACGUGAACAAAAUCGAGGAUGAGGAGCGGGCGAAGAAGUACGGGAUGGACGUCAACGAUUGGUGGAUUGAUAGGGAUUUCGUGUUGGUUCCUAUUGAGACUGCGGAGAAGAUUAGGAAAGAGAAUGUGGAGAAGGCUAUGGCGAAUUUGAAGAUCUGA